AUGUAUCAAAACCAAGUCUUUUCAACCACAAGUUGGAAUAAUUUGAAAGGGCAACCAAUACAACACACCAGUGAUCCACCAGGUCCACAAUCCAGAGAUCCAAUAGGUCCACAAUCCAGAGAUCCAAUAGGUCCACAAUUCAGAGAUCCAAUAGGUCCACAAUCCAGUGAUCCACCAGGUCCACAAUCCAGAGAUCCAAUAGGUCCACAAUCCAGAGAUCCAAUAGGUCCACAAUCCAGUGAUCCACCAGGUCCACAAUCCAGAGAUCCAAUAGGUCCACAAUCCAGUGAUACACCAGGUCCACAAUCCAGUGAUCCAUCAGGUCCACAAUCCAGAGAUCCAAUAGGUCCACAAUCCAGUGAUACACCAGGUCCACAAUCCAGUGAUCCAUCAGGUCCACAAUCCAGUGAUCCACCAGGUCCACAAUCCAGAGAUCCACCAGGUCCACAAUCCAGAGAUCCAAUAGGUCCACAAUCCAGUGAUACACCUGGUCCACAAUCCAGAGAUCCAAUAGGUCCACAAUCCAGUGAUCCAUCAGGUCCACAAUCCAGAGAUCCACCAAGUCCACAAUCCAGAGAUCCAAUAGGUCCACAAUCCAGUGAUACACCAGGUCCACAAUCCAGUGAUCCAUCAGGUCCACAAUCCAGUGAUCCACCAGGUCCACAAUCCAGAGAUCCACCAGGUCCACAAUCCAGAGAUCCAAUAGGUCCACAAUCCAGUGAUACACCAGGUCCACAAUCCAGUGAUACACCAGGUCCACAAUCCAGAGAUCCAAUAGGUCCACAAUCCAGUGAUCCACCAGGUCCACAAUCCAGAGAUCCAAUAGGUCCACAAUCCAGUGAUACACCAGGUCCACAAUCCAGUGAUCCAUCAUGUCCACAAUCCAGUGAUUCACCAGGUCCACAAUACAGUGAUCCAUCAGGUCCACAAUCCAGUGAUUCACCAGGUCCACAAUACAGUGAUCCAUCAGGUCCGCAAUCCAGUGAUUCACCAGGUCCACAAUCCAGUGAUCCAUCAGGUCCACAAUCCAGUGAUCCAUCAGGUCCACAAUCCAGUAAUCCAUCAGGUCCACAAUCCAGUGAUCCAUCAGGUCCACAAUCCAGUGAUUCACCAGGUCCACAAUCCAGUGAUUCAUCAGGUCCACAAUCCAGUGAUCCAUCAGGUCCACAAUCCAGAGAUCCAAUAGGUCCACAAUCCAGUGAUACACCAGGUCCACAAUCCAGAGAUCCAAUAGGUCCACAAUCCAGUGAUCCACCAGGUCCACAAUCCAGAGAUCCAAUAGGUCCACAAUCCAGUGAUACACCAGGUCCACAAUCCAGUGAUCCAUCAUGUACACAAUCCAGUGAUCCACCAGGUCCACAAUCCAGUGAUCCAUCAGGUCCACAAUCCAGUGAUUCACCAGGUCCACAAUACAGUGAUCCAUCAGGUCCGCAAUCCAGUGAUUCACCAGGUCCACAAUCCAGUGAUCCAUCAGGUCCACAAUCCAGUGAUCCAUCAGGUCCACAAUCCAGUAAUCCAUCAGGUCCACAAUCCAGUGAUCCAUCAGGUCCACAAUCCAGUGAUUCACCAGGUCCACAAUCCAGUGAUUCAUCAGGUCCACAAUCCAGUGAUCCAUCAGGUCCACAAUCCAGUGAUCCAUCAGGUCCACAAUCCAGUGAUCCACCAGGUCCACAGGAAACGAUUGACACCGCCUAG